AUGUGGCUUAUUUCUUGGCCGAAGACCACUUGCCCCACCAAGACCGGUGGUCCUGAAGGUGUCACCACCACCACAACCGCCGCCAAUAGGUGUAUGAAUGGUUUAUCAUCCCACUGCACUUGUCUAACCAAACUGGUGAGGAAGCUAAUUAGGAAACAUAGGAGAAGGGUAAGGGCUGCAGCUAGCAGGCAAAGUUCAUUGCAGUCCCACUAUGAUCCACUGAGCUAUUCUCUCAACUUUGAUGCCAGUGGGUGUGGGAACUUGUUGGAUGACCAAGAUUACUUCAAGUUCUGUGCAUUUUCCUCCAGGUUUGUGGCCAACCCGUCAGGAAACUCAGCUUCUACUCCCAGGCCAGACACCACCAUUCCUCGCUAG